AAUUCUGCCAUGAGCUGAGAGAGAAGGAUUCUUCGCAUAAUUCGUCCAGAUGUUGACGGUUAGUUACUUAAUUCUCAUGACCUAAUUUUGAUUUACAAUUUUUGGGGAUUCCACGAUGCGAGGAGAGAGAAGUCGGCUCUGCUGUAAAUGCAGAGCUUUUGAUGAAUUAAAUUGAAGCUGGUCCCCUCCUUUCCGCCAUGAAAAUGGAGCCCUAAUUCAAUUUCGGAGUUUUUAUUUUCCCCCUUUUUGUAACUCGGUGCUUUUAGAGUGAGACAAAAGGAGAGAUUUUUUUUGUGGUGUCUAAUCAACACCACCUUCUUCUUUGUAAGUAAUGGCCCCACUUCAAUUACAGUUCCAUCCACCCAUAUCCUCUCAGCCAAUCCUUUUUAUUUUUAUUUUUAUUUUUAUUUCGACAACAUUCAAUCAGACAAAUUCCUGCUGAUUUGGCCCAGUAAUUUCAGAUUUUGUUUCAUGUGUAACAGAAAUUCUUGAAAUUUUACUUUGCCCAAUUUGGGCAACGGAGUUCUUGUGUUUGUUUCCAAUGCCAGGAACCAUACAAGUUACAGUACUGGAAUUCAAGGGGGUUUCAUCUUCAUCAAAGCCUUCUGCUAAAUCCCUGAGAGUUUCGAUGGGAAAACGCCAGUAUCAGACUUGGGACAAGGGAGACUUCUCUUUCCCCAUAACAAAACUUCGUGAGGAUCUAGUCGUUGCUCUUCUGGAUGCUGGGGGAAACGAAAUAGCUCGUGCAGAUAUUCGGACAAUGCAAGUCAUGGAGAAGGGAUCUUGGGAUGAGGUUUUCCCCAUCGAUGGAGGUGGAAAUGUGCACAUGAAGUUGCAAUUCAUCCUCAGUGAUGAAGAGCGCAAUCGCAUUCGCAUUGUGAGAGAAUCUGCAGUGAAGAAGAAACUUGAAAUGAAGAACAUCAAUCUUAGACUUUCAGAAACCGUUAAUUCUAGUGGUGAUUCUGUUGACACAUCCAGAAAAAACGAACAGACGGUCUCAGAUUCCGAAAAAGCGAUUGUUGCAAUAGAUGUAAUGAGCACUAAAGUUGAAGCCUCUCAAGCUGGUUUGUCUUUGACCUCUGCCCUCUCACUGUCUAUUUACCAAAAGCACGGACAAAGCAUUCUUGAAAUUGCAAUCCCAAAUGCUACAGAUACAAGUCAGGACGCUCCAUCUUCUCCCGAUAAAAAUGAAAUCGAAAUAGAAUCUCCUCAAGUACAUAAAGAACCGGUGCCAGAUGAGAAAAUCGAAAUAGAAUCUCCUCAAGUACAUAAAGAACCGGUGCCAGAUGAGAAAAUCAAAAUAGAAUCUCCUCAAGUACAUAAAGAACUGGUGCCAGAUGAGAAAAUCGAAAUAGAAUCUCCUCAAGUACAUAAAAAACCGGUGCCAGAUGAGAAAAUCGAAAUACAGCCACUUGCUAAUAUAAGAUUAAACAUUGAGGAAGAAAGUGCUUCUCCCUCUAUGUGGGACAAGAAAAUUUUAGUUCCCUCCAAGUUGCAGGAUGAACCCGUAAAAAAAUCCGAAAAUCAAGGUCCUGUGAAGAGAAUUCCUAGCAAUGUGAGGAAAAUGAUAAGUGCCUUUGAGAAUACUCAACUUCAGGAAGUGAAAUCCAUGAAGAGAGUAUCCUCGGUGCCAUCCCAAUUAAACAGAUUUACAGUCGAAGGAUUAUUAGAGGAUAGAGAAUCAAAGACCGUCAUAAAUCCACCUGUUAAAAGCUCGAGAAAUUUGAAGAAUCAGUUUGAUGGAAACUUGCAUCAAGAGCCAACUGCUCUCAGUGGAAAAUCUGAGCCCCUAAAAGAGUUGACUUCAACUGUAACAAUUAUCAAAUCGAAGGGAAAUGAUUCAAAAAUUGAGGAUGUGCUCUCAACAGCUUCAAAAGAAUCAACUAUGGAGGAACUGGAUAGAUCCCCAAUUGAUUUAACGAGGCAAUCCACUUCAGAAACAGCAACAACCUCUGAAUUUUCAGUUGCAGAAGUAAGUGAAAAUGGAAUAGGAAAAGAAACCAACUCGAAAAUCUCAACCAUGGUCGACAUUCAAGUGGCUUCAAUACCAGAAUAUCAUAAAGACUGUUAUCCAGCUCCAAGCUCUGAUAUGCCCAUGCUUUCAGCAGGUGGAAAUGAUUCAAAUAUCGAUGAUUUGGCUAAAGAAUCUUCUAGAGAAUCAGCUAUCGAGGGACUUGAAAGGUCGUCAGUUGAUUUAACAAGGCAAUCCACUUCAGAAACAGCAACGACUUCUGAGGGGAAGCCUGAGGAACAAUUUCAAGAAAGUGAAGCUUGUGAGCUUUCUUCAGAGCUGCUAAAUUCUUCUGAAUCUUCGGGUGAAGAAGAAGGAAGUGGAAGUGGGAGAGGAAGAGAAACCAGCUUGAAGAGGUCAACCAUGGUCAACAUUCAAGUGGCUUCAAAUCCGAAACCGAAAUCACCCGAAUAUUGUAAAGAGGAGGAGUAUUAUUCAGCUGAAACCUCUGGUAUGUGGAUAUUUCCAGAUAACACAAAACGUUUGUGUAUCACAACUGCAGGUAAUAAGCAGGAUAGAAAAAUAGUAGGAGGUGACCAAGAUGAAGCUAAAACCCGUCAUGCAAAGAAGAUUUCUUCAGAAUCAGAAGUGCUGGAGAAGAAUCAGAAAAAAAUCGUCGACCGGACAAAAUCAGGAUGCGGUAGCUCUCCAGAUGACUCGUCUAAUGGAUUUCUUGGACAGGUAAUAAAAGUUGCAGUCAUUUUCGGUUUUGGACUACUCGUUCUUCUCACCAGACAAAAGGAACCGAGGAAGAAACAGAGUAAAGAAAACAAGAAUCUCUUCACCGUACCAGAUUACAUCGAUGAAAGAAAACUGAAGCCUUGGCCAACAUCAAUCAUGAAGGAUUAAGACAUUUUUUUUAUUCAGACUGUAUAUGUUCAGACAAUACAUACAGUUCAGUAACUUCAUACCAUAUUCUUUUUUUUGUAUAUUCUUUACAUGAGAUAGUUUUUGGAUCUGAUCUAGUUGGACGACUGGAUAAUUUAAUCAAUCACGUGUUAAAGAAAACAAUCAUACCACUAAACGAAAGACCACUUUGCAG